UAGCCCCGCCCUCCUGAGGGCGAGGGCGGAAGAGCUGGCCUUGUGCGUGCCCGCGAGGCGAGCCGCCUUCUUGACGUCCGCUCCGAACUUCGAAGGGGCGAUGGCGGCUGCGGAGGACUCCGAGCUGCGAGAGCGCGCAGCAGUGGAGCGGGACGCGGCUGCGGCGACAACGACUACGGCGAUGGGCGUCGGAGGCCCCGGGCCGGCUCUCAGCGGGCAGUCGUACUGGCUGGACGUGUGGCUCAUGCUCCUCAUCGACUUGGUGCUCUUCGUCUUCGUCUAUCUCUUGCCCUGACGGACAAAUGGGUUACUACCAUCAGCGGCACUUUGAUCCAGAACAGAACUGACCAGCACUGGAACUUUUAUGUACAGACCAAGGGGUGAUGCCUUCCACUAUAUCUGAAGUGUUGGUGCCUGGGUUCUACUCCUUGGAUGUAAUUUCCUGAAGAGAGUUGGAGAGAUGGGAUUUCAUCUUUGGUUUUCAAACUAAAAGAAUGGAAGAUAUGCCUUAUUUUGAAUGUUACGCUUAUUAUAAAGAUAAUUGAAAGUUUUAAGCUGUUUUGAAGUAAUUUCCUUUCAGUAGUUUUGUUUUAUAAAGCAUUACAAAAAUGGAUUAGAAGACUUACGUUUCAGAGCAGUUCCAGGACCUGCUCUUCAGUCGAAAUAAAAAUAAUUCUCGAUAUGAGAAAAGGCCAGCCCCGUGAUCUGGUCUUCUGGAAGGCAAAUCAUUACCAGUGCUAACUGGUCUUCUAAGUUCCCAUCUAAAAAGGUGAAUAAGGAUUCAAAUCGGAGCGAGUUUGAAAAAGCAGAAAAUGGCCGUUCGGAGAGGGAAGCGACAAGGAAGCGAGACAGAGGGAGACUGCUGGGGCCCUGAGCGCGCCCUCCCCCUGCUCCCAUCGCCCGACCCGGGCCCGUUGGCGUCAGGGGUCCUCCUCUCGGCUCCAACGGGUGACUCAGCUGCUCUCUCCGCUUCUCUUUCAGCCGCUUUGCCCGGUGUGGCUGACCCCUCCCCGGAAUCCGACUCUGUCGCUGUGACUGUAGCUUUAGAGCCGCUGCCUGUGGCUCCCACGGCAGGCGGCGCCUUCUCGGUGUCCGUGGCUUUCCCUGGCUCGGUAACUCGGGAAAGUUGUUUUCAUUUCGCUUGCGAGCUCCUGAAGCAUGUCCUGUACCAGAGGCAGCAACUACCGUUGCCUUACGAACAGCUCGUCUGCUUCUCGCGGAGGCAACUUCCGAGGCCCCCGCACCAGGGUGAAAAUGUGAUCAGAAAUGUCUACUCUAGAGAUCUAGAAAACAGUAAGAAAUGCCAGCAAGCAUUAGGCGACCUGGAAAGAGUGUUUCAGCACUUAGAAACCAUGUUCAGCUUGACAUUGGUUCCACGGGUUCUUAUUCUGCUUGGGGGUACUGCUGUCAACCCUAAAGAACUCUACGAGAUCAACCUGCAGGGCAUCUCUCUAGGUGGCACCGAGGAGAGCCUGCAGACAGCAGCCUGUGUUCGCAAGCUAUUCCAUUCACUCUUCUUGGCAGACAUCUUCAGUGAUCUUCAAGCUGUCCCCACCGUGGGUGUCAUUGUUAUGGUCCAAGGGCACCGCAACUGUGGUAUUGACUGGUUCAGACCCAAACUGAACUACAGAGUGCCAGCUCGAGGAAGGAAGCUGACUGUCAACUUAUUCUGCAGUGACUGUGACAAUGCAAAAUUCUCUUCUUAUUCAGAAGUUAACUCUGGCUUGAAUGAUUAUAUAUGGUUUCAAGCUCCAGUGACAGUGAAGGGUUUCCGUUACUUUUCUUAACAAAAGUUUUGAAAGGUACAUACUUAACCUAUUAUUGAUUUUGUGCCAAGUCUUUGAUCAUUUGCAACUACAAGUUCCUCUCUUGAAUUUCUGUUCCAGAAAUGCUUUAAAAAUUACACUGAGCUGUACUCUCUAGAGCAGCCUCUCCAAACGAUGGACCUUGGAAACAGUUCCACUGUGAUUACGAGCGCCUUUGGAGAACUGAUUCAGAGGGCAGAACAGUGUUGUGGGACCCAUUAACUUAUUUUUCUCUGCUGUUUAGUUAUUAAACAAUACUUGAAAUUAAUGCAUAAGAUAGAUGAAGGACCAACCUCCUAUAGGCUAUGUUACAUUGUGACACUGAGCUGCUUUAUAUUCAGUGUUUGUAUUAAGAUAGAGGGUAGGAAGCUCCUGUAGGAUGAGCAUUAACGAAGACGAACAUCUAGUCCAAAAUAGAUAAACUGUUCAUGAUUUGAGCAAAGCCACUAUCAGGGGCUGUAUUGCUUUAAGGUCCUGUGAAAAUUAUUGUCUGUCAGUUUGGGAAGAUGUGGCUUUCUUGUGGGCACAAUGGUCAGACUGCUGUUCUAUCAAAUGGUUCUAUGGCAGGGGAAGUAUAAAGGAAGCUAGAUGUGGGACAGCUUGAUAGGGUAGAUAACUUCCUGCCCUGAAAGCAAGAUUCUCAGUCACGAGGCUAAAAUGGAGGAAUGUAGAGCUGCAGAUUGGAUUGUUUUACUACCAUGUUUGACAUUGAAGUAGAGGCCUAGCAGUGCCUGUUAUAUAAAGGUUUAUACGCACACAUUACAUGUAUGGCAUCUGACUACUAUUGGGACCGCAAGUGUACACUCUGACAGAACAGCUGCCAAAAAAAUGGUUGUUAAAGAUUUCCAGUUUCAGAGCUUUAUAAGUUGUCUGAGAUGUGGUACUUUCUGUUGAAUUAACUUUCUGGGAGAGGUUGAACAAAUAUGCCGAUUCAAAGAAAAUAAAAAUAUUGCAGAUAUUCAGGUAUUUGUACACAUGCUCUGUUCCAAAAUAUGGGAGAGAAGCUGAAAAUUUCUAGAAGCAUGCCUAUAAAAGUAGAGCUCAGUCCUUAAAAGGUGCUUCAAGCUCCUGCUGCAAUCAGUUCUCUCUUUUUAAAAACCCACAACAUUGUGUAAAGUAUUGCUCUUUUAUACUUUGUGGAGGUGCUACAAUCAAAUGUAAAAAUAAUCUAUCUGUUACAUGUCUGCAAAAUGAAGUAAAUAAGAACAAGAAUGAUCUUUAAAUAAAAGAUGGGAUAUGAUUCACAAAAAAAAUAAAAAAGGUGAAUAAGUGUACUUAUUGCAUGUA